ACAACCCAUAUUCAACCAAACAAUAUUCACCUCAUUCAAACUCACUCCUCUCUCCUAUACCCACUUCCCUUUUCCAUAUCCUCCCUUCAACUACAACCAUCGGAUAGCAAUUCAAGUCCCUGAAUUCGAUCCGAUGGUUUGCAACAAUCCAUCAUUUCAAUUUUAAGUUUUAGCUGUUGCAUUCGAAGUCGUUUUGUUACGCUCUUGAAAGAUGGAUAAGGUGACAAGGGUGGCGUCAGAAAAUGGGGUAGUGAUUUUCAGCAAGAGCACUUGUUGCUUGUGCUAUGCUGUGACUGUUCUUUUUCAAGAACUUGGGGUGAACCCUAUGGUUCAUGAGAUUGAUCAAGACCCUGAAGGGAGGGAAAUAGAGAAGGCUCUCUUGAGGUUGGGGUGUAAUGGACCUGUCCCAGCUGUGUUCAUAGAUGGGAAGCUUGUGGGUUCCACCAAUGAAGUCAUGUCCCUCCACCUAAGUGGCUCUCUCCUUCCAAUGGUGAAGCCAUAUCAAGCAUUGAUAUAGAUUUAAAAUUAAUGGAUGCGGAUUACGUCUACAAUGAAUGUAAUUCAUUGAUUUACUUUCUGAAUAAUUUUCUGAGUACGUAAUGUUGUUAUUAGAAGAAUAAGGUUGGCCAAUUUAUAUAGUAUUAGUGUGUGGUAUUUUAGUGAUUUGAGUCCAUAUAUAGUUGGUUUUAGGUAUGUAAUUAGUACUUGGUAGCUUUCAAAUUACAGCUUAAAUGCUUGUAGCCUCUUUGCCUAGCAAAAGAAAGAGGAAAGAAUGUUAGCCUUUUUAUUACUUUUCCUUAAUGAAGUUAGCUUUAUUUA